UGCAACUGCCUGGCAGGCUUCCAGGGCCUCGAAUGCCAGGAAGACGUGGACGAAUGUGCCAGCAACCCCUGCAAGAACGGGGCCAACUGCACCGACUGCGUGAACAGCUACACCUGUACGUGCCCGUCUGGAUUCAGUGGGAUCCACUGUGAGCACAACACUCCAGACUGCACGGAGAGCUCCUGCUUCAACGGGGCGACCUGUGUGGACGGCAUCAACACCUUCACCUGUGUCUGCCCACCUGGCUUCACUGGCAUUUAUUGUGAACAUGACAUCAAUGAGUGCGACUCCAGACCCUGUUUGAAUGGAGGGACUUGCCAGGACAGCUACGGGACCUACAAAUGCACCUGCCCGCAGGGGUACACUGGACUUAAUUGCCAGAACCUGGUCCGCUGGUGCGACUCCUCUCCCUGUAAGAAUGGAGGGAAGUGCUGGCAGACCAGCAAUCACUACCGCUGCGAGUGCCCGAGCGGCUGGACCGGCCUGUACUGCGAUGUACCCAACGUCUCUUGUGAGGUGGCUGCGCGACGCCAAG